AUGGUCAAAGAGACCGCCUACUACGAUGUUUUGGGGGUUGCCCCCACGGCUACUGAAGCCCAGCUGAAGACUGCCUACAAGAAGGGUGCUCUUCGGUAUCAUCCUGACAAGAACGCCGACAACCCGGAGGCCGCUGAGAAGUUCAAGGAGCUGUCGCACGCUUACGAGGUCCUGUCUGAUGAUCAGAAGCGUGGCAUCUACGACCAAUAUGGUGAGGAAGGCCUAGAGGGUGGCGGCGGUGGUGCUGGUGGCAUGAACGCCGAGGACCUGUUCUCUCAGUUCUUCGGCGGCGGCGGCGGCGGUGGCUUCGGCGGCAUGUUCGGCGGUGGCAUGCGCGAUACUGGCCCGAAGAAGGCCCGUACCAUCCACCAUGUGCACAAGGUCAACCUGGAGGACAUUUACAAGGGCAAGGUGUCAAAAUUGGCACUGCAGAAGUCCGUCAUCUGCUCAGGCUGUGAUGGCCGCGGUGGUAAGGAUGGUGCCGUCAAGGAGUGCACAGGCUGCAAUGGUAGCGGUAUGAAGACCAUGAUGCGUCAGAUGGGUCCUAUGAUCCAGCGCUUCCAGACUGUCUGCCCCGACUGUAACGGUGAGGGCGAGAUCAUCCGCGAUAAGGAUCGCUGCAAGAAGUGCAGUGGUAAGAAGACCAUUGUCGAGCGCAAGGUGCUGCACGUUCACGUCGAUAAGGGUGUGCGCGACGGCCACAAGAUCGAGUUCCGCGGCGAGGGUGACCAGAUGCCUGGUGUUAUGCCUGGUGAUGUCGUCUUCGAGAUCGAGCAGAAGCCCCACCCCCGUUUCCAGCGCAAGGGCGACGACCUGUUCUACCAGGCUGAGAUCGACCUGUUGACUGCCCUUGCCGGUGGUAGCAUCCACAUUGAGCACCUUGACGACCGGUGGUUGACUGUCAACAUCGCUGCCGGCGAGGUUAUCGUUCCCGAUGCUAUCAAGGUCAUCAGCGGCCAGGGCAUGCCCUCGUUCCGCCACCACGAUCACGGCAACCUCUACGUCAAGUUCGACGUCAAGUUCCCUGAGAAGGAUCAGCUGCAGAACCUCGAGCUCCUCGAGAAGGUGCUUCCUCCCCGUGUCCACCAGCACCAGCCCCCGGCCGAUGCUAUGGUCGAGGACUUCGAGCUCGAGGACCCCGAUACGAGCGAGGGCUCUCAGGCCCGCGCCCACGGUGCCGCCGGCGCCAUGGACGAGGAUGAUGAUGAUGUUCCCGCGGGUGCUGAGCGGGUGCAGUGCGCCUCUCAGUAA